UCUCAAUUCUCUGACCGGGGUUAAUGCCACGUCUGCUCUCCUCUGCCAGGGUGAAUCGGGCGCAAUGGGCCUGCCAGGACUGGAAGGGCUGCCCGGUGCCAAGGGUGACCCUGGAAUUGCAGGCGCUCCUGGGACUCCUGGUUCUACAGGGAAGAACGGCGCUACCGGCCAGCCGGGGUCCCCAGGAGAGACGGGCGAGAGGGGUCCCAUGGGGGAGACGGGAUUUCCGGGGCCUGAAGGCCCCCGUGGGCUCCCGGGAAGACCAGGAAAGGAUGGUAUCCCAGGUUACGAGGGAGCUACAGGUCGCCCUGGUGAUAGAGGUCCAAAAGGAGAACGGGGGGAUCCAGGAAUCCCAGGAGAAAGAGGAGUCCAGGGGGAGAGGGGGAAAGAGGGAGAGAAAGGGGCCAUAGGGCCCUCAGGAGGCAGAGGAGACCCGGGCCCCCCUGGGCCCCUAGGAGCCUCUGGGCUGCUGAGCGACGCAGACUCCCUGGAGGAAAUCAAGAGGUUUAUCCGCAGCGAAGUACUGAGGGUGUUCGAAGAAAAGUUCUCAGGCCAGGGCCUUCUGCAAAAGAGCCAUGCUGCCAUCCAGGCCUCUAGCCUCCGCCCGGGCCCCCCGGGGCCCCCAGGACAAGACGGUUCCCCCGGGCCCCCAGGAGAACCGGGGCCACCUGGCUCUCAAGGGUACCGGGGACAGAAGGGGGAGCGAGGACAGCUUGGCUUGGGAAUCACCGGAGCUCCUGGGCCAACUGGCCCUCCAGGUGUUCCUGGUGUUGGCUUUCAGGGCCCAUCUGGCCCUCAGGGGCCCAAAGGCAGGUGUGACCCCAGUGACUGUUACCAUGCUCGGCGGAACGGUUAGGCCCCUGGUACCUGAGUCUUAUUGGCCUACACAGGCAGCCACACACCAAUCACAUCUAAGAAGGGCUGAGUGCUCCGCCCCCCUCCCAGUGGCCCCGCCUCCUCAUUGACAUCACACGCCCACCUGGUGAACACCGCACCUCCAGGAGAGAGAGAGAGAGAGAGAGAGCGAGAGAGAGAGAGAGAGAGAGAGAGAGAGAGAGAGAGAGAGAGAGAGAGAGAGAGAGAGCCUCUGCCAAACGGCUGAAAUUCACAGGCAAUUUUAAUCAUAAUUUAAGCUGCAUCUGAACAAGGCUCCAUAUGUGUCUUUUGUAGAUUGAUUUUACUGUUUGUCACAUUUGUCAAGGGUAUGAUUUAUAUUUAAUUGCUUUUAAAAUAUUAUGAAACCCCCUCAAUCAUGUAGUGCAUUCCAUAUAUGAAUUUGUAUUUCAUCUCUGGAUGAUUUACAUGUUUUAAUGUUCAGUUAUUUUCUAAAAUAUUGCAAUACCUUUCAAUAUUGAUGCAGCAGUUUUGGCAUUUUCUUUCUAUGUGCAAAAGAUCUGCAAGUUACAUGGGGGUUAAAAAUAGCACCUAUAAAAAUGCAUUACUGAAACAAGAAUUUAGAACAGCCAUUUAUGUUCAGUGGCUUCGGCAAUCAAACUAUGCUUUUUAUUAUUUUGGAGAGAGGAAAGUGAACCUUAAUUAUAUUGCAGAAUUUAAUAACCACCAAAUUAGCAUGAGAAGUCGAUGUGGUAGAUAUUAUAGUGUUGGUAAUUAUGGGUGUUCUUACGACUUUUACAUUUAUGAGGACUUAAGAGUGCUAAACGGGCUCUCAUACUGUCUUUAACUGCUGGUCAGAUAUGUUGCAUGAUGGGAAAAUAAGUGUGUAUAAGGGAUUUUCUUAGCGUCAGCCGCACUGAAAUUGACUUUUCUCUGCCUGAGACAAAAUGGCGGUGGCAUUCUGAGCCUGGUUUCUGACUGGUGUGGGUCCUCACAUUUCAGCCCAGCACCAGUUGGGGGCGCUAUUCUGUAGACUAAUGUUUCUCACUGUAUCACUUGCGUUUAAUGGAGAUUAAGAAGCUAGCGUGGCUCGUGUGUGACAGUUUUCAGCCAGCGCUCAGUGUGUAAAGAGAAAGAUCCUAGGGCAGCCUAACAUCGACAGAAACCAGGCUGUCACUUUGCCCCUGCUCUCUUUGGGUAUAAGGGAGAUCAAUCAUUAUUGUUUACAUUGGAAAGUAUGGCUGAAUAUCCUUGUAAAGAGUGUAUAUACUGCUGUCUUUUGGUGCUAUGUGUAUAUUUUGAUGUUUGAAAUUGGAAGGAAUAAUUGUUCUGCAGACUAUCAUCACAGCAAAGUGGAACAUUAUUUUCUUAUUCUUUUUUAUUAUUCCUUUUCUGCAAGUGUACUUGAAUUUUGUUUUUAGUAAGGCAAUAGUUUUGGAGAAUCACAUUUUCAUUUUUUUGCUUCGAAGUUUCUGUUCUCCGAGUUGUCUCACACAACAUAUAACUCUCAUUUCUCGACCAUGCAUCACUGUGUAUUGUUUGUCUAUUAUUGUUUUCUCGUCUUAAGACCGGAUUUCUCCUUGAAACCGUCCUUUUCUAUUUUUUCCUGACCGGCAUUGAACUGAAUAUAAUGAUGGAGAAGAUCAAAAACCUCUGCUGUUACUGUCAAUAACAAGGAAGAAACUUGGAGUCGUGCAUGCGCCUGUGGUAGCUGUCUGGUUUAAUUGAAAGGCUCUAAUUGGAAGUGUCGUUUCUUUGCUGUAAUUUAGACGGAAAUCCAACCGACAUCCCCAUUAAUGGUGAGGGGAAACUUUGGCUCGGAUUCAAAGUGCGUUGUGUUCCAAACUCUGAGCCGUCAAGUCUUUAUACUUGUGAGGCGGAUUUCUCCUCAGUUCGCAGCGAGGUCUGAAAAGUGACUCGGGAGUUUCUGACUGACAUUCGGUGAAUUUCAGACUUUUCUUUCUCAUGUCGGUGCGCUUUAAAGCCGGUGGGAUUUUAUUUUGGAGUUGCACUUUCGCGGUCUCCCGUCCUGUCCUUGUGACUUGUGAGGCAGCUCUACUGAGUUAUGAAAACACGAAGACAGAAGGAGGGUGACGCAGACGCGUUACCAUGGACACCAACUGGCAGUGCGCGUCGAGAUUCAGCUGAUGGGUUGAAGUGCGCCCCACUCAAUCUGAUUUUUGUGUCGGAGGUUAUUCGAUGUCUGUGAGAUGUGACUGCGCUUGCUCACCUUUCACAAACUGCUUUGGUUAGGAAAGUUGUUUUUUAUUAUGAUUAUUCAGCUAUUUUUUAAGUUCAAAUGAAAAGCAGCAGGCUGCGGUUGUGUGAUGAAUUUACUGGGCAUUCAGUCUGAUGCAUCAAACCUAAACGUCAAACUUUUAUAGUCACAGCCUACAGCAGCUUUUAAUGUAGAUGUCCUGUGUAUAGUGGAUAAUUGUAUAUCUCCUUUAAGAAAUUAUUCUUAAAAGGACAUGCGUAAUACAGGUAAAUGCAUGUGGCCCACUGCCACAAUCUAGCCAUUACACCAGUCGACAGUUCUGUAAGUUUACUAUGUAUAAAUAUUGUACAGUUGUAUUUCUGUUGUUAACAUUGUACAUAUUCUAUAGUUGUGAAAUGGUUUUAUUCGAAACUAGGAACAUUUAUUAAGUGUGCAUUUAUGUUAACAAUUUAGCAUUUAUGUAAUGUAAACAGAAAAGGUGUGUAUGUGUGUAUACAUGCAGUAGGCUAUAUAUGAGAGUUGAUGCAUAAAAAGUAUGGUACCUCCCAUUUACUUUGGGUAAGAUUAUAUAUGUUAUAAAGUAGUCACGAUGUACAUAAAGUAUGGUACAUGUCUAGGACAUCAUAGUUCCGUACUGCUGUGUUGCCGCAUAGCCAAUUACAUUUUCUUUUUGGUAUGGCUUAUUUAUGCAGAUUCAAGCAAAUCCUGACAGACUUCCAGUCCUUUAUCUGGCUGUACCAAACCAGGGGGUCGAUUUAUGACGUGAACAGAGAGUAUGCAAGGUGUGUGUGUGUGUGUGUGUGUGUUUGCGUGCGAGCCUGUGUGUGUGUGUGUGUGUGUGUGUGUGUGUGUGUGUGUGUGUGUGUGUGUGUGUGUGUGUGUGUGUCCGCACAAAUCUGUCUGCGUGUGCGUGAAUGUUUCAUUUCAAACUGCAUUUAUUGAGUUUGUGUGCCCUCUAGUGGCCAUUCAGAAGCAUAGCUUUCCUAUGCAAAAAAUACAGGGGCUGUGCUCCAGGCAGCUUUAUGCGGUUCAUGACUUCGAGCAGGGAGAGUUCUUGACUCCUUAUUGUAAUUGUCAUAUGCUGAUAUCUAGUCCCAGAGUUGUCCUAUUGCAAAGCCGUCUAUAUCCUGGGUUUAUAUCCUCGUCAGUAUGUUAUCCUAACUUACAAUGUAGCCAUUUCUCAGAUGCUUCUAGCCAAAGAGACUCGUGAUAAAAUGUAAAACCCUAGAGAUGAGUGCCAAAUGACCCUAAACAGGAAUACAUAAGCUUCCAAUGGGUACGUCCAAGAACAGGUGGGGCAGGUUCUCAAAACGUUAUGAUGUUACCGUUUCAGUGUUGAACGAUAUGUUUUCUCCCAACGGUGUAGAACAGCUCCGUUAAGCCCCGACAAAACAUAGCAAAACGUUUAUUUAAACAGAAACGGUGGCGCGCUGAACAUCCUGUUGCAAACCUUGGCGGACUAAAUUACAUAUACGGUUUGGUCCUAUGACGCCUGAGAAGGCGUGAUCUGGUCUUUAAAGCAUAGACCAAGGUCAUUAUUGAUUCGUGUCACACCCCAGACACACCCACAAAUGGGAGCAAACAUACCUCAGAGGCUGUUGCAAAACGUCGUUCACCGUUGGGAGAAAACAUAUCGUACACACAGAAACCGUAGCAAAAGUUGCAAAAUGUUUAACUAUGCUUUUUUUUCUUUUUUUUAACAUGCCCCUAUGCUUUAGAGGCCAGAGAAAGCCGUCUCGGGAGCCAUAGGAGCAUAGGCAUGUCAGCCAGUCCACCCACGGUUGUCCAACGCGCCUCCGUUUCUGUUUUAAUAAACGUUUCUGCUGCGUUUUAUCGGGGCUGAACGUGGUCCUGGUUUCUGUAAGUUACAGGACUGCCAUAUUGUUCCAAGAUGAGACGAUGUUAUGUGUCACGCGUAGGUGGAGGUGACUAUCAGCCUCUGUAUUAAUUGUGGGUACAGUGGAUUUAGCUCCGCUGGUACACGUGACAGGUCCAAUACGGUUGAACUAGCAGUAGCGCGUGUUCCACUGCGGUGCUUCAAAUCCUGCUUCGUCAAAUGUCAAACAUGCUUCGUGACAGUUUAACCAAAUACCAGGUCAAUGCUACAGUGUCUGGAGCAAUAUUGGAGAUAUUUAUUUCUUUACUUUACCGUAUUUUUAAAUAAUAUACAGUAAUAACUUUUAAGUUCUGCAGAGAUGCAUUUGAUGGAUUUGAUGCAAUGCAGUCAGUGUCAGCCAACUGAAAUGGUUGGCCAAAUGUUUCUCCGGGCCAAGUCAUUUGCUUUCUGACCUUUGGAAUUCAUGGUGUUUUAAAAUUCUGUUUAUCCUGUUUGCGGAGGGGAAAACUAGAUUGCAUCUCACUGAGGAGAGCCCAGGCCACUGCAAAGCGCUGAUUUAAUUUGCGCUGCCUGCACAAUACGAGCGUAUCUCAAGUCAAGGAUGCACCCAGAUUAUUGUUUUCUAUUUAUUAUUUUUAUUUUCAUGGAUUAUCUUUAGGUUCGGCGCGUUUGUUUGAUUGUCGUGCUGUAAAUGCCGUUUAUAUACGGCCUUCCUAUUCGCUCGUAAAUGCUAAGGUGUGAUUUAUUUGCGCCGCUCGCGGUCCGAAGCCGACUGCACUUGGCUUUAUUAGAGGCGAGACUUCAAACCGAAUCAUUCUGUUCAUAACGCCAGUUUCUGUCAAAACUGCAAAUUAAAUUUUUAUUGCGGAGGGCAACCGUGGCGAUUGAAGGGAAAUUGAGACUUGGAAUUAAAGGACUUGCUCGUACUGACUUGUGUGCUUUAUAAACUAUAACGCUAUAUUUUCCUGAAGCAAACGGACUUGAAACGGUAAUCGCUAAGUAACUGUAACUAAACCUUGACAAAAAUGUGGGAAGCAGUUCCACCUGUGGGGGCAUCCAGACAAGACAGGAAAUCCUUUGAAGUUAGUUGUGGUUUUAAUCAAAACAUGUUUUUCCAGAAAUAUUUUCCAGGAGAAACAUACGUGUCAUUAGUUAUUUUUGUUUUAUUAUCACUCUGGGUGCUCCGGAAUAAUGGUAACUGCGGCAAAUCCAUUGAAUAGCUAUAGUUUAAAUCAGGGCAUCUCUGCUUAAGGUUAUGUUCCACCGAAAACUCAACUUCAAUUUCAGAGGUGCAUACUUCUACUAUCACGAGGUAUGGACUUGAAAAGAUAAAUUCAGACAAAAUAGGCAAGAAUAACAAGAAUAUUAUUGCCUCCAAAAAUUCUCCUGGAGUAAUGAUUCGCAAAGUUUCAUGAUGAUAGGAUUACUAGGAAAAAUGGUUCAUGUAAUAUCGUACGAAAUCAGGUUUUGAGAAAACGACUCCAAAGAUAGAAGUGGUAAAUAAUCAUACUAAUUUCAUCAUACACAUGGGAUAAUUAUUCAAAAGGUGGUAUUAUCCUGAAAGCUGAAUAGUUGAGGGAUGAUUUGCUGCAGUAAACAGAAAAAGCUCAAUUUCAGUCGAACAGAACCUUAAAAAGAGAUACGUAACCAGCACACACACAACACAUCCAUUUCCAUCCUCUCAUUAUCCCUUAUUUCUUCUUUGCUGUUUCUGCUUUGUUGUUCCCGGAAGUGUUCCAACCAAUCGCUGUACGGAACAAUUGCGGUAAUGUGUGCGUUAAGGAGAAUAUCAAAAAUGCUUUACUUUUUUUGUGGGAAAUUUUCCAAGUUAUAUAUUUUCAAAGUUCAUGUCACUGUACUGGGUCUAUGUUCAUCUACCUCACUUGAGGGUUAGGAUGCUAUUUUUUUUCUCUCAUUUGACAUUUUGUUUUCUGUUUAUUACCGUAAUACUGUCAAUUCCCUGCCACUUGUAGAGGUCCGAUUUCUGUGGGAGAGUCCGCAGGCGCUUCAGUGGACCGCUCAGGUGGUUUGGCUAAAUCCUGAGGUGUGAGUCAGCUUAAAAGGGCAGUUCACCCAAAAAUGAAAUGAAAGUAUGUUUUCACUUACUAUCAGUAGUACUAUCAUCCAUCCAGAUUCUCUGAGAUGUGACAAAUUUUAUAUAGAACAUCAACAUGUAGGCCAUCAUCAGCCAGCUUUGGGCUUCAGCUGGUGAAAUUGUGCCAAAACAAUGAAUUCAAUUUAGCUCGCAAUGUUGGACUAUAAAGACAUGGACACUUUGGCCAAAAAUACUGGUGGACUUCAGUGGAAAAUUGUUGUGUACCAGCAAUUGAAGAAAUAGUUCUGUAUUAAAAUGUCCAGUUUUGAGCUUUGUUGACUUUCGAGACUAACUGUGGCAUUCACGGCUUCAUUGUUUUAAGCAAUGACAAUAAAGAUACUUGAUACAUUAUAUUUGGAAAGAGUCGUCGAGUUUUUCGAAUGUAAAUAUUCGCCGCACUGAUUACCAGGAAAAGAAUGACCCAUGGUGAACUGCACAUCACAAAUUAUUGUGAAAUCUAGAAAAUGUGUCACAUCUCAGCGAAACUGUCUGGAUGGAGAGGCAGAUUGGGACUGCCCCUUUAAGCUGGAGAGGGGUCACAGGAGAAUAUACCACUGUUUUUAAUACCACUGUUACUGUAUUUUACUGUAAUGUCCAUAUAUGGGAGUACACAUAUAUACCUUUUAUACCCACGAUUGACUUUAUUUGUGCUUAGAUAUAUUCAAUUAAAGAUCUCAAUGUUCAA